AUGUCUGCUUAUCCGUAUGUGACGCGGCCUUCCGCGAGCCCGCCGCCCAUCGAGUCGGUCGUCCUUAAUUGCAUUACAUGCGGCGCGGAUGCUUCGAUCUGGUGCAUGGGAUGUCGUCUCGCCACUUACUGCUGCAGUACUCAUCAACAGCAGGACAUCCUUCGACACCAUCCGGACUGCCAUCGAAUGGAUUUGAUGGCCACAUACAUCGAGUUCCUUGAAGACCGACUGGCGCACAUGCCAGACCAAUACUGCGGCAUCGAGCACUUAAUGUGCGUUUAUAUUCCCGGCGGGCCGCGUCUCGGCGCCCUUCAAUCGAUCUCGAUCGCAUUUACGAGACGAGUGGGCCGCCUUCUCACUGGCCCGCAGUGGAUGACACCCGACUUGACCGCCACAUUCGGACACGCGACAACGCUCUCUGAAACAAUCGCUCUUGGACCGUCCGGCGCACGACUCCCACACGCCCUGCGCUUCUGGAUCAGUCUCGACGCCAACUCCUUGCGCAGACCAGACGACCUCAACCAGACGGUCUUCCGCCUCGUCCAGGGCCGUAUCACAGUUCUCUACGGCUCCGUCGUUAUCGCCCGUUGCGCGAACCGCGUCGGCUUUACCUACGUUCAUUCAGACGUUCACAGUGACUGGGCGACGUUUACGUGGUUCAUGACCACCAUGGCCUGGAAUCGCCCUCGCCUCGCUAGCUUGUUGCAGAACAAUCUCGUCGCAUUCUUGAACUCUGGACUUCCUGAGCCAUCUGCAAGAUAG